CAGGCAUGCAGCCCCUUUCCCUACCGAUCGUGGAAGAUAGCAUCUCUAAAUUCCGUCCCUCAAUCAAGCUAUUGUGUCCGCCGUGUCCGCUAACCUCCGUCUCCUCCGCCGUUCAGAGUUAUAUGACAACUCUUGUGACCGGGGAAGUGUUGAGUCCUUGAAGUUCAUAAGAUGGGGCCUGCGAAUGCCUGUGCAGAUGAAUGAAUGUGAGAUUGCAGAGGUUCCUUGGUUUCUGGAUUUGUUGGAUGGAGGCUCUAGCACAUAACUUAGACCAAGGUGAAAGGGAAGAGAAAAAGAGAAGAGGUUCUAUUGUUAUUUGCAAGCCAUUGUUAUUCGCAAGAAAUAACACCCUAACCAAUUAAUAAAGACUCAAGUACUCAACACUUGGAGGGAACACUCUUCUCACGCAGGCUGCAUGUGAGGAGCAAAAAUUGACGAAUCACUCGAGGGAAUCCCAUAGCCCUCGCUCUGAUCUCCUAGAUAGUUUUGCUCCGGUCUUUCUUCUCACGUAAUAAGGAGGACCACAUACCAACCAUUCUUGAAGAGUUUUACUUUUGUUUUCUUAUUUUCUCAAGUAUUACUUAAACAAAAGUGAUGGACAAAAAUCUCACCUAAAUUAUGUAUAUCAUCAUAAUCACUACAUUGUAAAUUUGAAUAUCAUUAUGAUCAUUAAAGUUACUGUCAUAAUCAAAAGACACAUUUUUAUCUAUUAACUUUAUUUAAGCAUUUAACCAUAUAUAUGUAAAAAAAAACUUUUAACCAUAUAUUUGUCGGUAACUCGGUAUUUCAAAAAGUAUAGGAUGAUAAAUAUGCUAACAUAACUUACACGAUUCCAUAAUAAAUUAGUGAGUUCCUUAAAUCCACUCAUAUUAAUAAAGAUCAACGUAGUACGGAGUAUUACGUUACUACUUUGAGUACUUUCUCUUUUUAGCUUAUUUGCUCUUCCUUUACCCUCUCUUUAGCUCCCUCGUUCACAUGAAAAAGCUUAAAGCAACCCGCAGACAGCAUAGAAAAAAGUGAUCAAUGAAGAAGAUGAGCGGCAGCACUGAAUGCAGCAGGAGCAGAGGCACGAGAUUUCUGUUCGUUUUCUUCCCGGAAAUUGAAACCACCGCUGUCAAUCCUUCAGCCACCGUUACCAAGAAGAAAUCCAGCCAUCUCUUCAGUAAGCUCCGCCCCUCCACCGCCGCACAGUCCACCAUUUCCAUCUGCGCCCUUCUCAUCUGCAUCACUCUGUUACUCUUCACCCUCUCCUCCUUCGAACCCACAUCUGCUUCCUUCUCUGCUUCACGGGCCAGAUCAAGGAAGUUAAUUUCUUCAUCUUUCUGGGUUUCUGCGUCUCCCAAACACAACCCAGAACACGCAUUACAGGGGAUGGGGAUUCUGCACAGAAGGGGCACGAGAGCCAUGAACGAGCUUGUCGUGGCUCAUGCAGUUGAGUCACUCACUCCGCGUGAGAUUAGGCUGUUCUUGCGCCUAUUGUUCCGGUCCGGGCUGAGUUCAAAAUCCGAUCUUUUGCUCAUUUUCCCGCCGAACUCGGGUUCUUUUGAAAGGACAGUUCUUGAAGAGAACGAGUCGUUCCUGAAACUCGUUCAGAACUCGGCCAAAGAUGGGAACUUGACGGGUUUCGACUCGGCCCAGUUCAUGGUUUCCGCCAAGAAGGAGAGGGAGAGCGGGGAGCCAAUCUGGGGUCGGAAAACGAAGAGCAAUAACAGCUCAAGUGAGGAAGAAGAGUCCGAGUCGACUCGGUUGUCUUAUGGCUCUGUGGUGAGUUUCAACGCGGACGAGCUUGACCCGGAGAAUUCCCUGGCCAGAUUUCUCCAGACCGUCCCAAUGGGUUUGAGGAGAUGGGCUUGUUACCCGCUGCUACUCGGCCGGCUCAGGAGAAGCUUCAAGCACUUGAUUUUAGUCGACGCCAAAGAAAUUCUGCUUCUCGGUGACCCACUGAGUCGACUCAAGAACAGAAGCUCCGACUCAGUAUACGUGUCAGCAACUCUGGCUCAACCAGCGCCGGGCCGGAAGAGCCCAGACCGAACUCAGCCGUCUGGGCAGAGACCCGUUAGCCCGAAAGUUGUAAUGGGCGGGUCAAGAGGGGUCCGAAGAUUAUCCAACGCGGUCUUGACGGAAAUUGUUCGGGAAACAAUGCUACAGAAGAAGAAGAGCUCGGUUACCGAGUCCGGGCUCUUUAACCAACUCAUUGGGAAUGAGUUUCUGCUGAAAAGUAUAAAGUUGAUAGUUUUGGCCGAGUCCAUCCCGGAACUGAGUUCACUCACUGGGUUAAGCUCGGAGACAGUUUCUUCAUCAUUACUGGCAAAAGUAUCAGUGGUUAGGCGGAGUAGUAAUGUCGAUUCGAUUGCUUUAAUUAGGAAACAGUUGUGUUCGUUUUCUUCAAAAUCUGCUCACUAUAGUGACUGUUAGUUGAGACUAAUUAAUUACUAUACUGAAAGAGAAGUUUAGCAUAAAUAUAGGGAGUAUAUAGUAAAUUUAGUUGCCAUGAUAUGUUUAUUUGAAAUUCCAACACAAUAUACACAGUAUGAUACGGAGUACUUACUCCGUUCUUUUUUAGUUGCAACAUUCCCCUUUUCACGUUUGUCAACGCACAAUUUUAAC